AUGUUUUCCGGCCCCCUAUUACCUGACUGUCAAGAUGGCGGCCCCCGGGAGUCGUGUUCUAUGGAGCUACUGCGGCUGGGGGUGCUCGCGAUUGAUACGAACCGGCGGGCCCCAGUGGCUUCAUAGCUCCUUGCGCGCCGGCUCGCUGGGUGUGCGACUCUUGUCUCAAGCGAAGCAAGCAACGGAAACGCACUUCGGGUUUGAGACUGUGUCGGAGGAGGAGAAGGGGGGCAAAGUCUAUCAGGUGUUUGAAAGUGUGGCCAAGAAGUACGACUUGAUGAAUGAUAUGAUGAGUCUGGGCAUCCAUCGUGUCUGGAAAGACAUGCUGCUAUGGAAGAUGAACCCGUUGCCUGGGACUCAAUUGCUUGAUGUUGCAGGAGGUACAGGUGACAUUGCAUUCCGGUUCCUUAAUUAUGUUCAGGAACAGUAUCAAAGAAAGCAGAAGAGGCAGUUAAAGGCCCAGCAAAAUUUAUCCUGGGAGGAAAUUGCCAAAAAGUAUCAGAAUGAAGACGAUCCCUUGGGUGGUUCCCGGGUCAUGAUCUGUGACAUCAACAGGGAGAUGUUGAAGGUGGGACAGAAGAAAGCCUUUGACCAAGGAUACAAGGCUGGACUUGCAUGGGUACUGGGAGAUGCUGAAGAACUGCCCUUUGAUGAUCACAAAUUUGAUAUUUACACCAUCGCCUUCGGGAUCCGGAAUGUCACACACAUUGAUCAGGCACUCCAGGAAGCUCACCGGGUCCUGAAGCCAGGAGGACGGUUUCUGUGUCUGGAGUUUAGCCAAGUAAACAAUCCCCUCAUAUCCAGGCUUUAUGAUCUAUAUAGCUUCCAGGUCAUUCCUGUCCUCGGAGAGGUCGUUGCAGGAGACUGGAAGUCCUAUCAAUACCUUGUAGAGAGUAUCCGAAAGUUCCCAUCUCAGGAAGAAUUCAAGGAGAUGAUAGAAGAUGCAGGUUUUCAGAAAGUGACUUACGAAAGCCUUACUUCAGGCAUUGUGGCCAUUCAUUCAGCCUUCAAACUUUAGCUCCUUUUCCUAUCCUGGAGAAAGAUCCAGACAUACACUGUUAAAACCCGGAACUGAAGGAUAACCUGACUGGUGACACAGCAGCUGAGCAGCUCCUGUUAAGGGUAUGAAUCAUGGGCUCAUGUUCUGAAGCAACCAAAAGAAAAGAAACAAAUUUCUAUAAUGUUUUAUAACUUGCAUUAGGAGCUGCUCAGAUCUUUCCUCAGAGGUAUUUGAUCUUUUGGGGUUAUUAUUUUGUUUUUCUUCAACUCCUAACUUCUUUUGGCUGUGCACUGUGGGUUUCAGGUAAGAGGAGCACCAACACCUAGGUAUUUUGUCAGGGAGGUGCCAGAAAUCAAACUCAGGACCUUGCGCAUGCCAGGCAGGCGCUUGUGCCACUGAACUAUAUCCCCAACCUUAUCACACACUUUUGAAGUACAAUAUAUCUUUAUUAACGGUGCAGCCUUCCAAAGCAGUAAUUUCACUGGGUCAUUUGAAACCAGUGAUGACUUACCUGUAUUUGAGCCAAACUUUCACCCUGAUUGAGGGCUUGAGAGCCAAGGUGUAAGUCAGAGGUUUGACAACAUUCAAACUGUGGGCUCAGAGGUAGGGCAUAUGCUUAGCGUACAAGAGGUCUUGGGUUCAAUCUUCAGCUGUGUGUGCAUGUACACACCCUGGAAAUGUAUGCUGAAUCAGUAAAUGAGUUACAGUUUGGAUGGUAUUUGUCAUUGCUUUCU